AUGGAUGGUAAACACCAAAGACAAGACAAAACGUCAAGCCCCCUUGCUAUUCUUCUUACAUGGUCUCAAGAAAGAGAAAGGAGUGAGGAAACUCCACUUUCUCGGUGGGUUGACCAAUCAAUGGUCAGUCGGGCCCUUUUGAGACAUGAGUUCUCUUUUAUUGGUAUUACUGAAACCCGCUUUAUCAAAGGCUCACCACCAACUUUCAAUUACCAUAUAGAAGGUUACCAGUGCUUAUCCACCCCCACUGAAUCCUCAGCAGGAGGGAGCUUGUUGUAUAUUUCUGACCAGUAUAAUUUCAUUCCUCGUACAGACUUGGAUGACAUUAUGUACCAAUAUAAAUACUUGAAAUCAAGUUUUGCAGAGAUGAUCUUGCCUAACACAACCAACUUAAUUGUCGGUAGACAUCCUUGUAUGUCAACAAAUUCCUUUAAUCGUGAUUUCUUAAAACCCUUGCUCAAUAAAGUCAGCAUUGAAAAGAAACAAAUCCUUCUACUGGGGGAUUUCAAUAAAAAUUUGUUAAAACUCAAUGAAGAUGCAGAACUCUCUGCCUUCAUUGAUAUACUCGGCUCCCACCUUAUACUUCCCCAGAUCUUAUUACCAACAGGAAUAGCAGCGACUUCCAAGACAUUAAUUGAUAAUAUUUUUUUCUCUGUCACUGGUCAACCAUCAAUCUCUGGUAACCUUAUUCACAUGAUCUCUGAUCACCUGCCUCAAUUCUUUAUAUUACCUGACCAAUUGACUAACAACUCAGAAAAAAAUAUUCAAUACCAAAACUGGUCCAAAUUUGACGAACAUAAUUUCAUUUUAGAUUACCUGGAUAUCGACUGGGGUGUUGAGUUUAAUAGUCCUGGACCAAUUGACCCAAACAGCUGUUUUGACAUUUUUAAUUCUAAAACUCAAAAGCUUGUUGACAGACACGUUCCCACAGGCAGGCUCACCAAAAGGCAAAUCAAAACCCAACAAAAACCAUGGAUUACUUCUGCCAUCAUAAAAUCUAUGUCUAAACCUUAUACAGACAAAGUAAAACAAACCAUUAUACCAAAUACUUUAACCUUUUUUCAAAUAACAUGCACAAAAUGGGAGGGUGAUCGUAGCAUUAUUUCUACGAAACCGUCGAAAUCUAAUAUUCCUACCUCCAUUCAGGUUGACGGCAAACUUGAGACAAACCAGAUUGAUAUUGCCAAUAGUUUUAAUGAUUUUUUUACAUCCAUAGCAAAUUCUAUUAGGAACAAAAUUCCACCUACAUCCAAGAGAUCUUUAAGAACAUCCAGAGUGGUGCCUGUUUACAAAAACAAAGGUUCUUCUAUAGAUGUGUCGAAUUACAGACCAAUCUCAUUAUUGUCAAACAUUGAGAAAAUCUAUGAAAAGGUUAUGUACAACAGAAUAAUAGGCUUUCUCAACAAUCAUGAUAUCCUAUAUCCCAAACAGUUUGGAUUCAGAAAACAGCAUUCAACAUCACAGGCUGUGCUUACUAUAGUUGAACGCAUUAGACAUUGCCUUGACAAAGGUGAGCUUGCCUGUGGAGUGUUUGUCGACUUACAAAAAGCUUUUGAUACUGUUGACCACAAAAUCCUUCUAUCCAAACUAAAUCACUAUGGUAUUCGGGGAAAAGCAAAUGAUUGGUUCAGGUCUUAUUUAACUGGUCGUCUCCAGUAUGUCUCAAUCGGCUCUGUUCUUGGUCCGCUGCUGUUCUUGUUGUAUAUUGAUGAUCUGCAUAAUUGUAUCAAAUCGUCAGAGACCUAUCAUUUUGCUGACGACACUCAUCUGCUGAAAUUCUCAAAAUCACUAGAAUCCCUUUGUAGAGGGAUGAAUGCUGAUCUUAAACGCCUUGUGUGUUGGCUUAACGCCAACAAAAUAUCACUGAACUCCAGCAAAACAGAGUUUCUUGUAUUUAGAUCCCAAUCUCGUAGGCUUGAAUUUUUACCUUUUUUGAUUCUAUGCAAAAGUGUGAAAUACCUGGGUGUUCAUGUUAAUGAACAUCUUUCCUGGAAGUAUCAUGUCUCAUCUGUGGCUACUAAACUUCAAAGAGCCAAUGGGAUGUUAUCCAAAAUUCGUCACUAUGUUCCCCUAAAAUCCCUGCUAAACAUUUACCAUCCUGGAAGUAUCAUGUCUCAUCUGUGA